CUCUGAUGUGGGCCUUAUAAGGUGGAUCCUUCUGUGUGGGUGCCUUCCCUGACUCCCCUGGCCAAGUCAUCUCUCCAGUUUCCAACAAAGAAUCCCAGUCUUCUUUUUCCGCGGAGGCGUAUUUGCUGCCAGGAGGCAAGCCCUGGGAAAAGGCAGGGGGGGGUGGAGCAUGGCGAAGCUCACAGUUUUCCGAGCUCUCACAGGCUGGCUGAUGGUCCUCCCUAUCAGCAGUUCUGAGUGACAAACAGAGCUGGAGCUUUGUUUCUCCGGCGGAACCAUCUCUGCUACUGCUGCUGCUGCUGCUCCUCCCGCUGCUGCUGCAGGAAGAGGAGGAGCUUGGCUUACCUGUGCCAGAGCUCGGGAAAGAUGCAGCUCCCUCUGGGAACCGUGCUCCCAUCCCUUUGGGAAGGAGCCCCCCUGCAGACCCUCCUCCUCCUCUCUGCCAUACUCCUGAUCCUCGCAAGUUAUCUGCAGAGGAAGCGGCGGCAGGCAAACUAUCCCCCAGGUCCUUCUCCGCUGCCCUUAUUGGGCAACUUCUUUCAGAUUGACUUUAAAAAACCUCAGGUCGCCUUCCAGGAGUUUGUCAGGAAAUACGGAAAUGUUUUCUGCAUGGAGCUGGGCAGUUUUACCUUUGUAUUUGUAACUGGAAUGCCAUUGAUCAAGGAAGUCCUGGUCAACCAAGAUCAGGUGUUUAUUGAUCGUCCCCAAAGUGUUUUGCGUUCUUACGCCUUUAAAUCAUCUGGUUUAAUCAUGUCUGAAGGUCAAGCAUGGAAACAUCAAAGAAGAUUUACCUUAAUGACCCUAAAGAAUUUUGGCUUAGGAAAGAGGACCCUGGAACAUCGGAUCCAGGAGGAGGCCAUGUACCUCACUGAGGCUAUCAGGGAAGAAAAAGGACAGCCCUUUGACCCCCACUUGCAGAUCAACAAUGCUGUUUCCAAUAUUAUCUGUUCCAUUACUUUUGGGCAUCGCUUUGAGUACCAUGAUUCUCAGUUUCGGGAGCUGCUGAUGAGUCUGGAUGAAGUCACAGUGCUUGAAGCCAGGUGGGAGUGUCAGCUCUUUGAUACAUUUCCUUGGAUAAUGAGAUUCCUGCCAGGACCUCAUCAGAAGUUUUUUAGAGAAUGGAAGAAGCUAGAGUCUUUUGUAGUGAAUGUGAUCAAACAACACAAGGAAGACCAGAAUUCAGAGGAGGCCCAGGACUUCAUUGAUGCUUACCUGAAGGAGCUGUCCAAGGAUAAUAUCAGUUCUAGUUUUAAUGAAGACAAUUUAGUCUGCUGCACCCUGGACCUCUUCUUUGCUGGAACAGAGACAACUUCGACAAUUCUGCGGUGGGCUCUGCUAUAUAUGGCCCUUUAUCCCGAGAUCCAAGACAAAAUACAAGCUGAGAUCGACAGGGUAAUUGGCCAGUCCCGCCAGCCCACCAUGGCCGAUAGGGAGAAUAUGCCCUACACUAAUGCAGCCAUUCAUGAAGUCCUAAGAAUGGGCAAUAUUCUUCCUGUCAAUGUGCCAAGGGUGGCCAGAGUUGAUACCACAGUGGCAGGAUACUAUGUGCCAAAGGGGACCAUGCUGCUGACCAAUCUGACUGCCUUGCACAGGGACCCCAAAGUGUGGGCUACUCCAGAAACCUUCAACCCAGAACAUUUUCUGGAAAAUGGUCAAUUUACGAAAAGAGAAGCCUUUCUGCCUUUCUCAGCAGGGAAGAGGGUCUGCCUGGGAGAACAGCUGGCUCGGGCUGAGCUCUUCAUUUUCUUCACUUGCCUGCUUCAGAGAUUCACAUUCCAGGCUCCCCCAGACACCCAGCUGAGUCUGGACUUCCGAGCUGGCUUGACUAUCUCUCCUGUCCCCUACAAAAUCUGUGCUCUUCCUCGGAAGACCCACCUCAACUUUGGCUUGUAGGGAAGCCUGUCUAGGGUAAAAAAGGACCUGGAACCAUUUUUAUCCUCCAUGGUCACCCACCCUGCCCCUUAGGACUUGGGUGGGGAAAGGGAGGAAAGUCAAAGAGGGACGAUGAGGAAAAGCAUGUGUGUGUGUGUGUGUGUGUGUGUGAGAGAGAGAGAGAGAGAGAGAGAGAGAGAGAGAGAGAGAGAGAGAGAGAGAGAGAGAGAGAGAGAGAGAAAGCUUCUUGCUCAGCAAAAGAAAAGGUAUUAACAUUCCCCAAAAGAAAGCAUAGAAUCUAUAUUAGGCACUUACUAACUAGGUGACCUUGGGUGAGUCACUUAAAAAAAAACUCCCUCUGCUUCACUUAUCAUUAAAAUGUUUGAUUUUGAUUCUAAUUUAAAAAAUAUUUUAAAAAUAGGGCCAAUAUCUGUAAAGUUCCCCCUUAACUCUAAAUCUAGAACUCUGUGAUGGCACAAACAGAAAAAGGACCAAUGAUUUUCUUUCCUUACCUUGAACAGUGGGGUCAGAAGAUGUGGUUUUUUUGUUCAUUUGCUUGGUUAUUUUUUUCCUGCUUUUAUGAGCUCAUACAAUGGGAGUGACUUUAGGGGAGGUUUCUGUGUGUUCUAGGAGGCAUCCAUAGAUUAAUGUGGAGAAUCCUUAGAGACUAUCAACUUCUUGUGAGUGGAGACUGUUUUCUUUAGGUCCUGGGCUCUCCAGCACCAAGCCCUGUGCCCAGCAUGGAGAAGGAGCCCAAUGAAUCCUUACUCAUUUUUUUCAUCUCUAAAUCCAAGCAUUUUCAUGUUCAUUAUUUCCUUUGACUUUCAUCAUGUGAAAUAUGAAUCAAUCAACAAGUGAGCUAGAUUCCCCUUUCCUAUUAAAAGCCUUGUUAUGAAUGAUAAAUCAUAAUUAUUUAUUAUACUCACAAAGGGCUAGAAAUGAUCACACCUUGAGUACUGAGUUAAUAUUCCCCUUUUUUGAUAAAGGUUUCCAGUUCUUGUUAGAGAGAUUUACAUGAGAUAGAUUUCCACAACAAUAGUGGAAAUUCUUAUAAUACCAAAGCCAAUUAGAAAACAUAAAUGUCCAUAUUAACCAAUAACGUGUUGAUCAAAUCAUUUACAUUCUUUCUAAUAUUAAUUUAUUAAUAUAAAAAUUUUUAUGUAAGUGAAAAUUAAAGUCCUUGCUUGAUCUGAGGUAGUCUUGGACCCAUUUUAUUGGUAAAUCACAAAUAAACUAAUCAAGCACAGAA